GGAGAGAUGAAUUUAAUAGUUUUACAAUGAUUUUUGAUGUAUCCGUCACGGGACCUGCAGUAAGCGCGGCUACCUGUUCUAAACGUUCUCCUCCUGGAGUCCAAAUUAUUGCAACAUGUAAAGGAAAGACAUCUAUAAAACCAAAAAAAGAUAAUGUGAAAGAAGAAACCCCAGAACAAGAACUAUCAAGAAAAACAAGAGAAUUUCAAAAAGAAAGGAGAGAAGCAUACUUAGCUGGGAAACCUUAUAAAACAGCUACCUACAAAAUUGGUGGCGAAGAUGAGGCCGUUGUUAAAAAAGCGUCAGGAGGAGCCAUGCUAUGGAAUGGGUAUGGUAAAAUCGGUAGAACUAUUCAAAAACCAAAAAAACAUCACAACAAGAAGUCUACUAAUAAAAAUAGAAGUCAUGGAGAAAAUGCUGAUGAUGGUAAAGAAGAAGACGAAGGAGACAAAGAAGAAGUUCUAACAGGAAAAGUAAGGGAAUUUGAAAAAGAAAGGAGAGAAGCAUACUUAGCUGGGAAACCUUAUAAAACAGCUACCUACAAAAUUGGUGGCGAAGAUGAGGCCGUUGUUAAAAAAGCGUCAGGAGGAGCCAUGCUAUGGAAUGGGUAUGGUAAAAUCGGUAGAACUAUUCAAAAACCAAAAAAACAUCACAACAAGAAGUCUACUAAUAAAAAUAGAAGUCAUGGAGAAAAUGCUGAUGAUGGUAAAGAAGAAGACGAAGGAGACAAAGAAGAAGUUCUAGCAGGAAAAGUAAGGGAAUUUGAAAAAGAAAGGAGAGAAGCAUACUUAGCUGGGAAACCUUAUAAAACAGCCACCUACGAAAUUGGUGGCGAAGAUGAGGCCGUUGUUAAAAAAAUAUCAGGAGGAGCCAUGCCAUGGAAUAGGUACAGUACAAUCAGUAGAACUAUUCAAAAACCAAAAACAAGUUGCAACAGUCAGUCUACUACUAGUAAUAUAAGUCAUGGAGAAGAUGCUGAUGAUGGUAAAGAAGAAGAUGAAGAAGACAAAGAAGGAGUUCUAGCAAAAAAAGUAAGGAGAGAAGCAUACUUAGCUGGGAAACCCUAUAAAACAGCUACCUACGAAAUUAGUGACGAAGAUGAGGCCGUUGUUAAAAAAGCAUCAGGAGGAGCCAUGCCAUGGAAUGGGUAUGGUAAAAUCGGUAGAACUAUUCAAAAACCAAAAACAAGUGGCAACAGUCAGUCUGCUACUAGUAAUAUAAGUCAUGGAGAAGAUGCUGAUGUAAGUAAAGAAGAAGACGAAGAAGACAAAGAAGAAGUUCUAGCAAAAAAAGUAAGGAGAGAAGCACACUUAGCUGGGAAACCCUAUAAAACUGCUACCUACGAAAUUAGUGACGAAGAUGAGGCCGUUGUUAAAAAAGUAUCAGGAGGAGACGUGCAAUGGAAUUAUAGGUAUGGUACAAAAGGUAGAAAUGAAGCAAAAACAUCUUGCAACAAUAAGUCUACUAAUAGAAAUAGAAGUAAUAAUAAGAAGGUUGCUAAUAAUAAGAAUGCGAGAGGAUAUUUGAGAAGGACUGUGAAACCUAAUAAAAGUAGGAUAACGUGGUGGUAGACGAUUCAGAUGUACCAAAUGUAACUAAGCAUACAAUAUUUGAUAUUUGAAAAAUCAGAUUGUUAACAUUGAAAUCACCUUGUAUUAUAUGAAUAACUCUAAACUUAAAUAAAUGUAUGGAAUGAAUAUACCAGAAAUGAACAUAUUUGGUGGUGAAAAGCAAGUAUAACUUUUUUUGGUACAUUCAUUUUAUUCACAAGUCACAAAAACUUGUCGUU